AUGGCCCUGGGGACGGAGGGGAGGAGCCGAACUCCUCGAUUUGGAGCAGCGGGGAUUGUAGAAGCCGUCGAGAAGACCUCGAUUCGGAGCAGCGGGGACUGUAGGAGUCGCCGGGAAGACCAAAUCCACAGCGCCGGAAAGACCAAAUCCACGCCGCCGGUCGUGAGGGCCUACUGCGUCGUCGCAUCUGUCGCGUCGGGGAGGAGGCCGCGCCAGGGAGGAGGGCACGCCGAGAAGGAGGCCGCGAGCCGGGGAGGAGGCCGUGCCGUGGAGGAGGCCACGCGAGCAGGGCGGUGCUCCACCGUGGGACGAGCUCCGCCUGGCCACACGAGUAGGACGGCGCGAGCAGGGCAGCGCGAGCAGAGCAGCAUUCAGGCGUGGCGGCGCGAACUGGGAGGCGGACUGCACCGCGUGAGUAGGGAGGCGGACGGGCAAGUGGGAGUGGGAGGAGGUGCAGAGUGCUAUCCUGCACGCUCCAGAGUGUCCAUUGUCAACGUACGCUGUCCCAAAGCGAGGGGCUGUGCACUAGAAGAUCGAGUGAUGGACCAGUAUUGGUAUUCCCGUCCAGUGCCAAACUUCAGAGAGCACAGUAGUGUGGACGAUCGUUUCGUCGGAAAGACACUAGUCAAAUCUGGACGUAAAGGCGGCGGCAGUGCUCGAUCGCGCCGGGCCGUCGAAGUGAAGGGGAUCGAGAUCAAGGCGGCGGCGAACGUAUUGCCACCUCCGAGAAUCCUCGCCGCCCUCGCCUUGGCAGCAUGGACCUUCUUCCUCUACGUGCAUUUCUCCGUGAUUACCAGCACGGUGGAGGUGAGCAACGGGGAUCGCUUCGCCGACCCGUGCCGGGGACGGUACAUCUACAUGCACGACCUGCCGCCGCUUUUCAACGCCGACAUUAUCCACAACGACUGUCGCAACAAUGAGGGCCACUGGGGCGACAUCUGCGCCUCCCUGAGCAACGCCGGCCUCGGCCGUCCGCUCGCCCACGACGGCACGGACGACGGCGGUGUCAUCACGGGCGGAGACGGACAGUACGAGUGCCUGACCAACCACUCCGCCGUGGCCUCCGCCGUGUUCGUCCCGUUCUACGCCGGCUUCGACUUCGCCCGCUACCACUGGGGCUUCGACAACGCCACCAGAGACGCCGCGUCGGUGGACCUGACAAGGUGGCUCAUGGCACGGCCUCAGUGGCAGCGCAUGGGAGGGCGCGACCACUUCCUCGUUGCCGGGCGAACAGGGUGGGACUUCCGGAGGAUCAGCAACCUCGGCGCGGACUGGGGCAAUGACCUCCUCGUCAUUCCGGGAGCCCGGAACAUGUCCGUGCUCGUGCUGGAGUCCACGCUGAAACGCGGCACCGACUUCUCCGUGCCGUACCCGACCUACUUCCACCCCAGGUGGGACGCCGACGUGCUCCGGUGGCAGGACAGGGUGCGCGGCCAGCGCCGGACGUGGCUCAUGGCGUUCGUGGGCGCGCCGCGGCCGGACGUUCAGAUGAGCAUCCGGGUCCGGGAUCACGUCAUCGCGCAGUGCAAGGCGUCCAGCGCCUGCGCCAUGCUGAGCUGCGCGCGCACACCCAGCAGCACGCAGUGCCACAGCCCCGCCAACAUCAUGCGGCUCUUCCAGAAGGCCACCUUCUGCUUGCAGCCUCCGGGCGACUCCCCCACGCGACGGUCGGUGUUCGACUCGAUGGUGGCCGGGUGCAUCCCGGUGUUCUUCCACACGGGGUCGGCGUACAAGCAGUAUCCGUGGCACCUCCCCAAGGAUGACCACCUCAAGUUUUCGGUGUUCAUCCCGACCGCGGACGUGAGGCGGCGCAACGUGAGCAUCGAGGCCGUGCUCCGGGCGAUCCCUCCGGCCACGGUGGCUCGGAUGCGGAAGGAGGUGAUCAGGCUCAUCCCGAGUUUGUUGUACGCCGACCCUAGGUCAAAGCUGGAGACUCUCAAGGAUGCGGUCGACGUCGCCGUCGAUGGGAUCCUCGACACGGUGGCGCGGAUCAAGAACGGCGAGGAUGUCAACUGUGGCGGGCCAGUGGACAAGGAUCCGCCGAACCUUUUCGCCUCGACGGCAUCAAGGUUCUUUCCGGAGGGAUAUGGCAAGCUAGCUCUGUUUCAUUCUGGCAGUCACGCAUCUGAGUAA